UGUUGCAACCUGUCAGUGGAGUUUAAUCUACACUACACAGGAAAUGAACAGUAAGGAAAUCCUCUUGAAACAUCAGCAGCACCUGCAGAGACAGAGAGAUGCCGUCGCCUACAGGAUGAAGAAGCUGGCAGCUAAGCAGGUGGAGAUAACAAAAAAGACAAAUGCAGUGAAGGAGAAAAUCAAGAAAAAGUACGAGGACAUGAAGAAGGUCCUGGAUGAGGAUCUUCACAUCACACUGACCCAGCUGGACACAGAGUGUGAGGCCUCAGAGAAGUUGGUGGAGGACAGGAUAGAGGAGUGUUACCACCUCACUCAGCAGCUGGACCAGGAGCUGUCCAACGUCGAUGCCCAAGUGAAAACACAGAACGCUGAAACAGAAAAAAGAGUAUCUGAGACUCUGAAGCUGACUGACCUUGACCUGAUUCAGAUGGACGAGUUCAAGAACGAACAACUGCUGAGUCUCACGAUCAACCUGCUGCUGUUCAUCAGAUCCCAGGUCCCUGUCACCAAGAGACUGUUUCAGACCUACGCCGCAGAUGUUGUCCUUGACGCCGACACCGCUCACCCCAAGCUGAUCAUCUCUCCCAAAGGUGACUCAGUGACCUACACAGACACCUGGCAGGAUGUCCCAGAGACUCCCUCCCGCUUUGACACCACCCUAAAUGUCGUCAGCCAGCAAGGCUUCAGCGAGGGCCGCCAGUACUGGGAAGUGGAUGUGAGCGGGAAGACCUACUGGGAGCUGGGGCUCACCUACCCGAGCAUCCCACGCAAGGGCCGCGACGAGGACUCGUGGCUGGGCCGAGGCAAAGAGUCGUGGUGUGUGGAGUACUUUAACGGAGACUACACAGCCUGGCACGGUGGUGUUCAGCGUGAGCUGCCUCUGCUGACAGGAAAACAGUUCACUCGUAUCGGGGUUUACAGCAGCUUCCCUGGGGGGUUGGUGUGCUUUCUGGGAGCUGAUACAAUGACCCCCCUCUACUGCUUCAGCGCUGGGACCUUCACUGACAUCCUGCAUCAAGCAUUAUGUCCUGGGCAUGACAAUGAAGGCACAAACUGGACGUCCCUUAAGAUUUGUGAUGCCUCCCGAUCAGCUCCUGUUCUCUGAUGUGGGACAGGAAGGACGGGGCAGGAAGGAAGGGGCAGUGACAGCCAGGAAUGCACUGCGCUGUGGGGCAUGCGCAUCAGCUGCCUGAUCUGACAUAAUUGGUGACACUGUCAUCAGCUCAGGAUGCUGUGCGUGUCAGGCUCGUCUAAAUUUGCCUAAAGGACAUUUUAAAGUGAUCUCUAUUUUUGAUUCACAGGUGGUGUGGGUCAUUUCCAGUCAAUCAUGCUUUUCUUUUCCAUGGAUAUAGUGAAGCUGACAUGUUGUCUUUCAUACUCAUGCAAAGUGUUCCUUUUUAAAUUUUUAUGUUAAAUGCUGUGAUGAAUCAGGGAAUUCCAACAGAUGUUGAGCUGGUAAGAGAGGCCUUUAAUUAAGAAAUAAUGAUACAAUUAUUUCAUAAGAUAGAUCUGCUUUUUAACACUCAUCAAGAAGUUGGAUGUGUCUACUAUUACUUAGCAAAUUGAAUUUAAAGGAUAAAGCUGGUGAUGUUCUGUUGUCAACAAAUCCUAUUAAAAUGCCAAAUGCCAGUCGUCAGAAUUGCUUGCAUUGUCCAUCUAUCCAUCUAUCAAUUUUCAUCCGCUUAUCUGGGGCUGGCAGGCUCAGCAAAGAACUCCAGACGUC